AUGUGCUGUUUCCGGUCUCGUUGUUGCAGAAAUGUGCUGGAUCUGGAUUCUCGCUCGCAGGUGAUUGUGUACAAUCAGUCCAAGCAUGCGACGAACUCCGUCUUGGCCGACAUCCGUGCUGUUUGGGGUAGCUCCGUUCGGGUGAUCCAGACUCUGGAGGAUUCACGUUUCAACAGAGUACUGGCAGCCACUAACGAGGGCAGGCAAAGGCUGCCCGGCAUGGACGCUGCUUUGUACGUCCAGCCCAAGACCUGGGGUGACCUGAAGCAUUUCCGGGAGCGCCUUGACUUCCUUUGCACUCAGGACCAUGAACUCAGUCGCCAUCGAGCUGCAGGGCAGGUGGUGUUCAUGCCGGGUUGGUCCGCAUUUGCGGAAUCGGCAGAAGCAGCCGUGGGCGUUCAAGCGCUCGGUCUCGUUUGGCCUGGCACAGAGCCCAAGGCGUCGCAGGGUUUGGAGAAGAUCGGCUUCAAGCGUAUAUGCGAGGCAGUGGGCGCGCCGACGCCACCCUUCACAGUGCUGUCUGAGGAAGAUGCGCCAUUGGUGGACCUCACCAACCCCGAGGCGAAGGAGGCUUGCGUGAAGGAGUUUAUUGACAAGGUGCUGGCCAUGAACUUCUCGGAAAAAGGUUUGAUCAAGAGUAUUCACGGCGGCGGUGGCAAAGGCACUGCCCACCUACAUCAUCCCGACCAGCCAGAUGAGGUUCGCAGGUCCGUGGAGAAGGUGAUCACGGAAAUGAACCGAACUGAUGGCAUCUACUUUGAGCAAAGGGUCAACACGAAAGGUGAUGGGCGUUUCUUCCAGAUUGAGCUGGAGGUGGAUGGAGGCACUGUGGCAGAUGGUGGUCGCUUCGUAUGGUUCAACUCAGGCUUGCAGAAGGUUGUGGAGAUUGGUCUCAGCGAUGACAAGAUUGACCUCUUCAUGCCGCAGGAUCUCUAUCAGAAGUCGCGGAAGUGGGCUGGAGAUAUUGCAAAAAUGGGCAACAACAACACCAGGGCUACGAUGGAAGCCCUGGUCUUCAAGAACGAGAAGGGUGUGUACGAGUGCACCUUCAUUGAGUGCAACCGACGUCCGCAAGUCGAGAAUGAAGCGCUGGCACUGCUGCAGACUGACAGCAAGGGUCAUCGCCGUUACACAUUUGCGGAGCUCAUGAUGCGCGCGAAAGGAUACCCAGCCCCGAAGUUUGAGCCGGCCAAAGACUGUGGCGUCGUCUUGCACGCUCGGUGGCUGCAUGGCAAUCCUGACAGCCAUGGCAAGAUUACCUACCAGGCCGGCAACAUCCUCGGGAUGACUGGGCCUCGGCUGGACUACAUCAAGGCAGAGCUGCUGGCUCCAGGUGAAAUCUCUUUCACCGCAGAUCCGCAGCUGGGCAAGGCAGUGAUCACGGCAGACACUUGGGACGAGAUGUGCGACAAUGCGGCUGAAUAUUUCAGGCUUCGCAAACCAGCGGUCAUGGGAGCGGCAUCUACAUACGCGCAAACCUUGUACAACCUCUUCACCAGUCCUAAGUUUCGAGCUGGCGAGACAGCGUCGAACGAGACCUUUGCACACAUCGAGAUCCCAGAUCACCCAGAACGAAGCGUGCUGACAGUGCUGAAGGAGCAGGUUGCACCAGCCAUCGUGAACGGCUAUCGAAAGGGGGAGGGUGUCGACCCUGAGCGCUAUCCAACGCAAGGCGUCACAUCUGCUGUUGAGGAGCUGAGCCACGAACUGACCAAGUGUGCGCCGGAGGCCACCAAGUUCACCGCCUUCGCCCGGGGAGAGGCAUCCUACGAGGACUACAUCGCGGAGCUGCGAGCCACACUUGAUAAGCAGGGCGGUGGCUGGGUCACUGUGGCGCCACGCGAUACAGCACAGCAAGGUAACGACUCCGAAAGUGCAUCCGUCAGCAACAUCUCUCGAGUCAAUGCGGAAGUGUGGGCACAGAAAGCCGGUUGCGUUGGCUACGAGACGGGCGGUGCACAGUACCAAGCAGGCUUGAUUCGCGGCUUUGAUCCUGCCACGAUUCUCCGCCUGGGCCUGCCCUACAACAUGCCGGCGCACUCCCUGCAGCGAUCGCAGUACGUGAACGGACUGGCGGAGCUGACUCCCGAGAUCCGCCUUCCUCUCUUUCAAUCGACCGCCGAGAUUGUGUCGCAGCACUACCGGGGUAGCGGCAGCGUUGACAGCUGGGUCCCCUGGAUGCCCUACAACUUCCAUGCCGGCAACUUCUGCAACGAGCAAACAGGUUACAGCCCACAGGACGACACUACACUCGAGCUUCUUGAGGCCAAAUGUCUGCCGAUGCCAAAUUGGGUGUUCUCGCCCAAGUUUCCACUGGAGGCACUGAAGAAAUGGACCGAGCGCCAGAUUGACUUAUUCGCGAAGAAGGGCCUUCAGCUCCACCAGAUCCGUAUCAAGAAUCCCGGCCAGGGCAAAGACUGGACGGCGGACGCUGUCUGGGCUCACAUCGAGAUCAUGAUUGCUACCUUCAAAGCGAAGGGCCUUCCUCCGCCCAUCGUCAACAUCCACAAUCAUGACUUCAAUGGAACCGCUGCGCAUGUUGGAGCGGAGCUGUUUCGAAAGGCUCACAAGGCGAACUUCAGCACACUGGUGAUUGAUGCCGCCCCACGCAAGAACGGCACGCACAAUGACAACACAGUGCUGCUUGAUGCCCUCAAUCUGAGUGGAGAGCAGCACGCGGCUCUGGCAGAGUACAACCACAAUCAGCAAGUGAUUGAGAACAUCCUGUGCAGAUUUGACAGCCGUACAUCGCAAAUGACGCCUUGGGACUCCGACUGGGCUGGUGGUACGGAAGGCUCGGAUAUCCGGAUUGCAAAGGAGUACUCCCUGGAUGUGCGAAAGAUCAACCACGCGAAGGAGGUGGCCAGCGAGGUCUUCCCCCUCGAGCGAGCAGUUACACCUUUCUCCGAAUACAAGUUGCGGCUGGGCAUCGCCAUCAUGAUUGAGCCUGGCAUCGAACCAAAGACAGCAGAUGCCGUACGUCAAUGGGUCAACAAGGGCGGCAAGCUGAAAGUUGGCGGUGACGUGCUGGUGGGCCUGAAGCGCUGGGAGACUUUGGUGCCCAAGACCCCAGAGGUGGAUAAGCUCCUUGCCAACAUGCCUGAGGAGCUCGAGGCCGCCUUGGCCCAGAAGUCGAAGCUCAUUGGCCCUGGCGACCUCCCCGCACACCUUACAUCAGCUCAGCGUCACACAGCCUUGGGAUAUCAGGGCAAAGGACUCGAGUUUGUCAAGUCGCAGGCUGGCGCAGUCGAGCUUCAUUUUUCGCAGUCUCAGUUUGCUUUAUGUUCCGUCUCGUGCGAGGCGAAGGGCACAGACCUGACGCCGCUGUUGAUCGCACCAACAGUGCUGCACAGCGCGCCAAAGACCCUGAAACCGGGCUCCACUUUCCAGAUCCUGAUGGACAAACUCGAGGGCGAUUUGCCGAAGAAGGAGGAGAUAGAGUUUGUGGGCUUCGGCCUGGCUCCAGGCGUCGCCAUGGGGCCUGGCAGCCUUGCCAGGGAGCUGGUGCUUAGCUUCUUGCAUGAAGGACAGACGGUUCAGGUGCAGCUGCCAGAUCCGGAUGCCGCGGCAAGCGUGGCAGUUGCCGGCAGUGGACCACGCAAAGCAACUCCUGGAAAUAAAUUUGAGGUGCCAACGGUAGUGCCAGGAGAGGUGCUGUCCUAUGCCGUCAAGGUUGGCGACACGCUGGAGAAGGGACAGAUCUUGUGCGUCUUGGAGUCGAUGAAAAUGGAGAUGAAGAUCCCGGUGCCUGAUGAAUUGGUCGGGCUCAAGGUCAAGGACUUGCCAUGCAAGGGCCGAACCAAAGAAAAGCAGGGGGAUAUCCUGGCUCCAGGUGACCUCAUGAUUGAGCUGCAGGAGUCGGGCCAGUACUUGAAGCAAAAUACGUGA